UCUUUAGUGUGUUCCACUGGGACUGUUGCCAUGACAACCAUUUCAAACACCAGUAGAGAACCCAAUUCUACCUCUGACUCCACCAGUAACACCACAGCUGGUUCCAACGUCACCCAGUCCAGUCCCAGUGCCACCAGUAACACCACAGCUGGUCCCAACGUCACCCAGUCCAGUCCUAGUGCCACCAGUAACACCACAGCUGGUCCCAACGUCACCCAGUCCAGUCCUAGUGCCACCAGUAACACCACAGCUGGUCCCAACGUCACCCAGUCCAGUCCUAGUGCCACCAGUAACAACACAGCUGGUCCCAACAUCACCCAGUCCAGUCCCAGUUCCACCAGUAACACCACAGCAGCGACACACGAAUCCGGCAACGCAACAACCUCAGACAGAAACACAACAACCGUUAUAGUGACAACCACCAAUCCAAAUGGCACGACAAGCAGUUCUUCAACCGCAACAGCCAGCAGGUCGCCUGUUUCGGUUCAGCCAAAUAAAACAAUCACGUCGCAGAGCUCGACCGGAACCACGACCACGGCCCGGGUCCCGGUCCCUGUCAGCGGCGGCGUACCCGGAUGGGGGAUCGCUCUGCUGGUCCUGGCCGCUCUGGUUUUGCUGCUAGUGCUCCUGCUGUUCAUCGGGCUGCUUGUGUGGUGCUGCUGCUACAGGGGGCGGCACAACGACAACAAUGAUGAAAUCCCUCUGUACACCACGCACACUCGCUUCGACGGGCCCAACGGGAAGAACUACGAAGAAAUGGAAAAGCCGAGGAAGAACCGGACCGGCAUGUACACGGUGAACCCAUAGAGAUGACGUCAACAAACGCUUUUAUUAAUCACGGAACACACACUUUUUCCAUCGUUUGUGCUUUUUAAUUUGUAUCCGGUUUGAUUUGAAUGAAUGUGUGACUCAAUUAUAAUACAUCUCAUAGCUGCAUUUAUUUAUUGUCUGUAAAGCACUUUGGAGAUUUGUAUUAAAAAAAAACAGGAAAUAAACAUUUAUUGUGGAGAAAAUGCUACAAAUUGUGAGU